AUGGACGUGCUGACUGAGAAAAAAGGUGUUUUCACGAGAUUCCAAGGAGGUGAAGAAUCCGUGUCUUUAACGUCCGAAAGAUCGCCGGAAUAUCCGGAUCUGCCAUUGACCGGACCUAUGGAAGUCAGAGUAUACCCAGACGGCACCCCAGUACGAGAAAACAGACCAUUACCUCAAGACGAGGACCUGAGACAGUACAAGAUGUCUAAAGUGAAAAUACCUACAUUAUAAGUGCAGAUAAAUGCUCCGAAAAGGAGUGGAAGGGAUGGAAACAAACGAACCUCCUCUAAUUUUGCAAAAAUAAUACGAAGAGCGAAACGCGGGUUCAAUUAUGACCCCUUGAUGAGAUAUAAGGUGUUGCAAAUAUCUAGUUCUUGAUUAAAGGUAGAACAUGAACGUUUUUCAAAUAACGUUGUAAUGGGAUGGAAUUCCUAAAACGGUAAUAAUUUUUUUCAUCAAGGAAAAAUGCUAGAAGUGUUUUGUUAACGUUUGCUUCUUUUCUUCUUGUACCUUGGGAUUAAAAAUUUUCCAGCUUCUGUGUCCAUUAUGCAGCUUCAGCUGAGGG